AUGAACUCAAGGACGCACCUGGGAGCACCCAUGAUCCGAAGAUCUCUCCGCUGGGCCUGGUUUUGGGCGUGGGUGUGGGCGGGGGUGGUGUGCGGCACGGGCGGCGAGUGUCCGAAGCCGUGUCAGUGCAAAUGCGCGACGGCAAGGAGACGUGUCCUGUCCGACGCCGAGUUCAUCGACAUCCCGCGCGGCCUGGAUCCCUCGACGCAGGUGCUCGACCUCAAGAAGAACAACCUGCAGAUCCUGCCGCGAGACGCCUUCGUCGACACCGGCCUCGUCAACCUGCAGAAGGUGUGGCUCAACUUCUGCAACCUGAAGCACAUGGACAGCGGGGCCUUCAAUAAGCUGGCCAACUUGGUGGAGCUUGACCUGAGCCACAACCUCCUGCGCGCCGUUCCUUCCGAGGCCCUCAAGGAUGUGCCUGGACUAAGGGACCUGAGACUCGCCCACAAUCAUUUAGAGACUCUGUUAGACGCGGCGUUUACUCCGACGCCAGACCUCGUCCGCCUGGACCUCUCCUUCAACCUCAUCGCCAGUGCUAAUGAGCGUGCUUUCCGUGGCCUUACUCGUCUAGAAGUCCUGAAGCUGUCUGGUAAUAAAUUCACCACGUUGCACGCCAGUGUCGUCUUGCCUUUAGUUGCAAUCCACGAGCUGCACAUGGACGGCAAUCCGUGGCACUGCGAUUGCGCCCUGCGGCCUCUGCGGGAGUGGAUGGUCGAGCGGAACGUUGCCUUCUCAGAGCCGCCCUCCUGCCUGAGGCCGAAGCGCCUGCAGGAUCACCACUGGCAGACUCUCACCCUUGACGAAUUCGUGUGCGUUCCAAAGGUCACCGCUGUCGCCCCCAGGGUGCUGGCUGCCCACGGGGAGAACGUGUCCCUCGCCUGCCGCAUCGAAACGGACAUAGACGCCGUCGUGACCUGGCUGCUCGGCGACCGCCCGCUCCAGAACGGGAGUGACUCUCAGCGCUAUCGCAUGCUAGACCUCGUGUUGCCGAACCAAGCAACCCGCUUUUCGAACCUCACCAUCGCUGGCGCCGCCCCUCGGACCAAGGACAUACCGCUGCGUGCGAGAACAAAGCGGGCGUCGUCGAGGACCAACCUCACCCUGCAGGUGUCCAACGAGAUCGCUGAAGUCCGGCUGGUGACGAUGGACCGAGUCUUCAUGACCGGGGGACUCCUGAGCGUCGUCGCCGUGAUGGUGUUCAUCCUUUUCCUCCUCGUCGUCCUCCUCUUCCGCAAGCGACAGCGCGGCCGACGGAGAGGCCCAGAAACGGAGAACAAGACGGAGACGCCGCAGUCUUCUCAAGGGCACGCAAGCAACUCGAGCGAAUCCCACCCGAAACUCGCCGACUACCACAUCGUCCCCACCAACGACAUCGACGAGCCCUCGCCGCUACCCACGCACUCGGACAAGUCGUGGAUGCUGCGGGACGCGUCCGUCGACGACUUCCCCUCGACGAAGGAGCUGGAGAAGUCCAACCUCUACGCCGAGUCGGACCAGAGACGGCUGCAGAAGCCCCUGCCGGACCGAAACGGGAAGCAGACGUCGCCCAGCACGGUGUCCUACGUCGAGAUCCCCAAGUCGGAGCUGGCGGUCACGCAGGACGGCGGAGUAGAGGACCGCCUGCACUGGAAGGACCAAGGCUUCGACAGCAAAGAGGGCUUGCUGCGGAAGGGCUGCGGCCAAAUGGGGUCUCAGCUGUCCAUGGGCAGCGGCGGCCACUACCCGGACCUGCUAGACUUGCCAUACACACAGCAGCAAUUACAACACCUUCAAGGCCAGAAAGAGAGAGGAUCGCCAUUACAAUUAUUAAACUCUGCCUAUGGCACCAUUUCUAGGAACCCCCGAGGAGGAUACGGCGGGCUGCACACCUCGUCUACCGUGGAGGACCAUCCCUACGCUGAGUCCUCCUUCACGCUGCCUGCAUCAGACCGUUACAGGUCAGCGAGCGCCCUCAACCUAGCCUUGGGCGAGGCCAGCAGCCCCGACUACACCCACCGGCCGCCCGUGAGGCACCAGCUCUCCCUCCCGGAUUCCUCGCCCAUCCUCACAGCCCACGAACGCACGCUGAGAAACCUCAUGGCUGCUCACAG